AUGGACUUCUCACUGCUCAAACACAUAGCCUUCAACUCCAGCUCCUCGAAUGGCACUCUGACUCUGCCGUCCACAAUACUGGAGGCGUUCAUCCCGGGAUACCAAAUCUUCUCCCAGCUGUUCCUUCAAAUCUUUGGAUUCGAUAUGGGGUUGAUCAUAUCUGGCUGCCUCAUCGUCUUCGCAAUCUCCAAGGGCAUCUGUCUAUUAUACUAUGAAGGCUACAAGUUCUUUGGGAGCUAUUUGUCGUCCACAGUCUACCUUGAAGAAUAUGAAGAUCUCUAUUCCUUUUUCGUAGAGUGGCUCAAUGCAGAAGGCUUCGUGACCACUGGCAGAACCUUGAAGGCGGUUUCUGCAGCUCCAAGUUUCUACCAGAAGAAGUACGCUGACGAAGGCGUGGACGCGUAUGGCAUCUGUAAUUGUGCAGAUUGGGAGAGCAAUGUAGCCGUUCGUUUUGAGCCCUGGUACGGCGUUUACAAGUUUUAUUUCCAAGGUCGGCUGUUCAUCAUGACGCGUAUACCGGGAGAUAGACGAAAAGGAGAGGACAGCCACAUUACUAUUCGAUGUGCGGGUCGUAGCUACGAGCCCAUCGCCGCUCUGCUGCAGCAUGCACGAUUGUUGUCCCGCUCAAAAGGAAUGGAUAUGACGUUUGUUUUCCAUUCAAAAUAUCUACAGUCCGAGUUUAGGUGGCAGCAACAGUCAUACCGGCCCGCCCGCCCAUUGAGCACGAUUUCACUUGAUGAGCAGAGUAAAGUCAGAAUCGUCAAGGAUAUAAACGAGUAUUUGCAUCCUGCCACUUCACGCUGGUAUUCUGAGCGAGGCAUCCCGUACCGUAGAGGUUAUCUUUUGCAUGGGCCUCCCGGAACUGGAAAGACUUCAAUGUCUUUCGCCUUGGCCGGGGUUUUUGGCAUGAAUAUAUACUGCAUCUCGCUCAGUGCGGCCCAAUUGACAGAAUCGUCUCUUAUGGACAAUUUCAACAGUCUUCCCGACCGUUGCAUUGUUCUGCUCGAAGAUGUCGACGCUGCUGGUCUUCGUCGUGAAGAUCUUCCCGCCGAGCCGGUUGCAGUAGAGCAGGAGUCCGCUUCUACAAAAGAGAGCGAUCGACCGGGCGCUCACCCUACAAAGAGCAACGAGUCCAAGUCUCAACCCAAAAAAGAAAGCACUAGUAGGAUCAGCUUGAGUGGCCUGCUAAAUGUCAUUGAUGGUGCUGGUUCGCAGGAAGGACGUGUGCUGAUCAUGACUACAAACUGUCCUGAGAGUCUGGACGAUGCAUUGAUCCGCCCUGGUCGCGUAGACCUCCAGAUCGGCUUCGGAUACGCCAAUUAUGAACAGACCCGGGACAUCUUCACUCGCAUGUACAACACGGAGAACCAUAAUAACCCGUCCACCAGCAAGCAUAAGUCAUCCGGUCCUGCAAACCAGGCGGCCAGGUUGCCACGGGACAAGGCAAAGCUGGCCAGGCUGGGGGGCGAGCACUUUCUUGAAAUGGUUACUUACCAGCCUACCUUGGAAGUCGCGGAGCCGGGAAAUUUGGCUGAUAUGGCAAGAUCAUUUGCUGUUCAGAUUCCAGAGGGCAAGUUCAGCCCAGCAGAGAUUCAAGGAUUUUUGUUAACCUUGAAAUAUGAACCCCUGAAGGCGGUUGAGAAGGUAGGUGAGUGGCGAGACGCUUUGCUUGGAGCGAAGAAGAAGGGCAAAAAGGUCGUCGAUUUUGAUUAG